AUGCUUAUGAGUUGGUCAUUGUUUUGCCCAAAUGAGAUUCUAGGUUUAUCUGAUUGUUGGGGUGAGGAAUUUGAAGAACUGUACACUAGAUAUGAAAGAGAGGGCAAGGCAAAAAAUGUUGUUCAGGCACAGACCCUAUGGUUUGAAAUUCUGAAAUCACAGAUAGAAACUGGAACACCGUAUAUGCUUUUCAAGGACACUUGCAAUAGUUCACAGACUGUUGUGCCUACUAUUGCUCCUGCAAUAGUUGGAGAUCGGAGGAUAUCUUUAGGUCCUGGAGCAGGUUGUGCCGGCCUUGCUGCAUAGCUAGAACUAGGAUAUCGCCAAGCAAGGGAUGUCGUGCGUACCAACAAUGGUAUAAAGGUUCUUUUGCAUCUUCUCCAUCCUAGGAUAUUUUCACCUCCAGCUUCUCUCGACUGCCUACACACUCUAGCAUGCCAAGUCUUGAUUGGUUUAGCC